ACGUUUCAAACCAGGAAACCCCGACGUCCCGCCACGUCGACGGCAGAGCCAGGGGUGGAUCGGUAAAUUCGCGGUCGCCACUCCCGUCGUAGCUUCUCGAUCCAGCUGAAAUAGACGUGCAACAGCGUUUUCUAGCUUGCUUCCCUUCAUCGGAGCUCCGGCCGGUAACCAUCGAAAUCCAUCGAGUGAAGGAGGAGGAGGAGAUUGAGGAGUGGAUGCCGACAAGAGAUGCCGCCGAAGCAGGCCUCGAAGAAAGCCGAUUUGGCGAAGAAGCAGAAGAUCGUCGAGGACAAGACCUUCGGGCUGAAGAACAAGAACAAGAGCAAGAAUGUCCAGAAGUACGUCCAGAACCUCCAGCAGACCGUACAGCCGAAGCCUGAUCCUUCCAAGGUCGCCGCCAAGAAGAAGAAGGAUGAAGGCAAGGCUAAAGAGAAUGAGCUGAACGAUUUGUUCAAGGUCGCCGUCAGUCAGCCCAAAGUACCCGUCGGUGUUGAUCCCAAGUCUAUCUUGUGUGAAUUCUACAAGGCGGGGCAGUGUGCUAAAGGUUUCAAGUGCAAAUUCUCGCACGAUUUGAAUGUUCAGCGUAAAGGAGAGAAGAUUGAUAUUUACAGUGACAAGCGGGAUCAGGGAACCAUGGAGGACUGGGAUCAAAGGACCUUGGAGAAGGUGGUGGAGUCGAAGAAUGAGGAGUACAAACAGAAUAAACCCACCGAUAUCGUCUGUAAAUACUUUCUGGAGGCAGUGGAGAAGAAACAAUAUGGCUGGUUUUGGGUAUGUCCGAAUGGCGGCAAGGACUGCCACUAUAGGCAUGCACUUCCGCCUGGAUAUGUCCUGAAGUCUCAGAUGAAAGCACUGAUUGAGGAAGAAAGUGAGAAGACCCCCCUUGAGGAAGAAAUCGAAAAUCAGCGAGCUAAUAUAAAGACUUCAACUCCUCUGACUCCUGAGCUGUUCAUGAAAUGGAAGAAGAAAAAGAUGGCUGAGAGAGAUGCUAACUUGGAUGCACUUAGAGCUGAGAGGGCUAAGAAUGACCGCAUGAGUGGACGGGAGCUGUUCCUGUCAGAUUCUAGCGUGUUUGUCGAUGAUGUUGAGGCAUAUGAGAAGUACCUACGAGAGGAAGAAUUUCACAAAAAUAUGUUGAACUACGGAGGCUCUACUUCCUGUGAAAUCAUCGGUUCUGCUCAGUGCUUGUGUUCUGAUUUGUUUUCUCGCUCUCAGGGUGAUGGCAGUUCCAGUGGAGAGGGACCUAGUGCUCCAGCAACUGAUGCCGGCGACUCAGAAGGUCCUCUUGAGGAGGAUGGUGAUGACCUGGACAUCAAUGAGUUGAACGAGCUGGAGGAAAGCUUGUCAAAAUCUGUAAAGAUCAACGAGUCAGGUACUAACUCGUAAUCCUGAAGCAGAUUCAUCUGGCACCAGAGUCUCCUAGUCGCAGUUGAGCAACCAGAGCUGCUCCUCGGUCUCUUGAUCAUUCUGCUAAGAUCUUUCUGCCUGCGAGCUGACCUCGGGUGCCUCAGGUUCAGGUCCUAAUAUGAGCCAACUAUGCAAUAGCAGUCUUCUUUGUACAACUAUAUCAUAUAUAGUAUAAAUUACGGGGGGCAACCGAUGUCCAUCAACCAGUCCGUCUAUCGAGCGAUCGGGUUUGCCCUCCUGCUAUUGAGUGGUGAUCCAUAGUGUUCUAAUUAGAGUACAUAAUGUAAUAAUGCAAUUUGUCGUAGAAUCAAGAAGAACUACUCCAGCGAUUAAUUCAGAGAA